GCCGUUGUCACUCACUCUCCUCCUUCCAUCCCCAAUCUUUUCCAGGUCGCUUCAGGCCGUCCAUUCACUCUCAGUCGACAAUACAAGCAGAGCUUGGUCUCUGUUCUCAAGCAAGCACCCUCACCACCGCUUCUUAACCUCUCUCACCUCAACCAUGGCUUAUCGUCAGCCAGCUCACGAUCCUUACAGUAACCAAUAUUCCAAUUCGCAAGAACAUUCCAACAACAACCAGUACAACUAUGGCAACGCUGGCGUUACUCCGGAUUACCCACCGACACAACAUGCAGGAGGUUAUAACGACUAUGACACUCAAUCUAAUUGGGAUGCAAAGUCUACCAAAUCCUACACCAGCACUCACCACGGUUCUCAAGCCCAUCUUAAUCCCUACGAAAUGAGCCAGGUUCCAGCCGUUCCUACCAUGCCAUACGCCUCCAACUAUCCACCCCAGCAGGGGCGACCCGCCAUCUAUCACGCUCAGAGCAGUGCUGGCUACUCUGUUGCCCGGGAGAAGAUGCUCAAACGUCGCUCGGUUCGACAAGUAGAGCUUUUCCAAGGAAACUUGGUCAUCGACCUCCCGGUCCCUUCCCACAUCGUCCCUGGAGGAAAACAGAGCUCGGAAGAAAUGACCAAGUUGCGGUAUACAGCUGCAACCUGCGACCCUGACGACUUCAUGGCUUCUAGAUAUUCGCUCAGGCAGUAUCUUUGGGGAAGACAGACGGAGCUCUUCAUUGUUAUGACCAUGUACAACGAAGAUGAAGUCUUAUUCGUUAAAACUAUGAAUGCUGUCAUCAAAAAUAUUGCCCAUCUAUGUUCAAGGUCUCGGUCCAAGAUGUGGGGGCCUGAGGGAUGGAAGAAAGUCGUUGUCUGCGUCGUAUCCGAUGGGCGGAGCAAAGUGAACAAACGCACGCUACAAGUUCUGAGCUUGAUGGGCUGUUUCCAGGAAGGUGUCAUGAAGGAUGAAGUUGCUGGCAAGGAUGUCACUGCUCACAUCUUCGAGUACACAUCGAGUGUCAUAGUAACGGAAACUGGGGAGGUUUCCCAAGGGUCUUGUCCUGUUCAAGUCCUUUUCUGUCUAAAGGAGCAGAACAAGAAGAAGUUGAACAGUCACAGAUGGUUCUUCAAUGCUUUUGGCCCGCUCAUCAAACCAAACGUCUGCGUACUACUCGAUGUCGGUACAAAGCCCACUGGAACGUCCAUCUACGAGCUUUGGAAAUGUUUUGACAAACACUCCAAUGUCGGAGGUGCUUGUGGAGAGAUCUGUGUGGACACCGGUCGUGGAUGCUCCUUACUGCUUACCAGUCCACUUGCAGCCUCUCAAAAUUUCGAGUACAAAAUAUCCAAUAUCCUCGACAAGCCACUGGAAAGUGUCUUCGGAUACAUCUCCGUUUUACCUGGCGCCUUCAGCGCCUAUCGUUACAAAGCCCUCUCAAAUGGUCCUGACGGCAAAGGUCCACUCGCCUCUUACUUUAAGGGAGAGGCUAUGCAUGGUGGCGGAGCCAAUGGCGCCGGUCUAUUCGAGAGAAACAUGUAUCUUGCCGAAGAUCGUAUCCUUUGCUUCGAGAUUGUCACCAAGAAACGGGAAGCAUGGGUGCUCAAAUAUGUCAAGAGCGCGAAAGCUUCAACUGAUGUGCCGACUACCGUACCAGAAUUCAUCUCGCAACGAAGAAGGUGGCUGAAUGGAUCCAUGUUCGCUUCGGUUCAUGCAACUGUUUUCUUCUUCCGAAUCUUCACAUCUGGCCAUAACAUCUUUCGCCAAUUUGUUCUCUUCCUGGAAUUCCUAUACAACGCUAUUCAACUCCUCUUCUCGUGGACAUCUUUGGCUAACUUCUAUCUAGCUUUCUUCUUCCUCGUCUCAUCCGCGACUCAAGAUCCUAAGACCGAUGCCUUCAAUUUCAUGUCUCAAGGUGCAGGCAAAGCCGUUUUCGAAGUCAUCCUCAAGCUCUACAUCGCCGUGAUCUUCGUUGUUCUCGUUUGUUCCCUCGGCAACCGUCCUCAAGGGUCCAAAUGGACGUACAUCCUAGCCAUUUUCCUUUUCGGUCUAUGCAACAUCAUCACAAUAUGGUGUGCCAGCUGGACCGUCUACCUCGCUGUUCCCCACAACGUUGAUGGCUGGAAGAACUUCCCAGAACUGGUCAAAAAUACACCGGCGUUACAGGACAUAGUGAUCAGUUUGGCGGCGACGUACGGACUGUACUUCAUCAGCAGCUUCAUGCACUUCGAACCGUGGCACAUGUUCACCAGCUUCAUACAGUAUAUGUUCUUCCUCCCCAGCUACGUCAACAUUCUUAUGAUGUACGCGAUGUGUAACCUUCACGAUGUUACAUGGGGAACGAAAGGCGAUAACGGUGCUGCUAAAGACCUUGGAGGUGCCAAGAAGGUAAAGAACGAAGGUGGCAAGGAGGUGAUGGAAAUCGAGUUACCUACUGCACGAGAGGACGUUGAUCAGAUCUGGCAAGCUGCACGGAGCUCGUUGAGGGUCAAGCCACCUCAAGAGAAGGAGCAUAGAGAUGCUGCGACGAAGCAAGCUGAUCACGACAGGAACAGUCGAACGAACGUUGUGUUGGCUUGGCUCGGAACUAACAUGGCUAUGAUUUUGGUGUUCACUUCGACGGCGUUCACGGACUGGGUGACGCAACAUAUUGACACAGACAAGAGCACAGUGUUUAACCCAUACUUGUCAUUCCUAUUUGUCGCACUAGCUGGUCUCUCUGCUGUGCGAUUCACGGGGUCUUUCUUAUACCUCGUCUUCCGGCUCUUCGGAUUCUAAGACGCCUGUUUGCUGGGUCAAACAUGUUGAUGUUUUUUUAUUCUUUCAUUAUUCCUGUACUAUGCUCGUUCGAUGGAGGAAAGGAAUGGUAUCCGAAAUAUUGUCAUUGUCAGUGUUGGGGAGGAUGUAAAGGAUUUCGUAAAAUUUUCUUUUAAUCCCUCCGUUGAUCUGUAUUCCUUAGUAUGAUUAUCUUGCUACAAGAUCUAGGACUCAAUUCCUUGACGGACGAGUUUACUGGCUUUCGAUUUAAUUUACCUGGAUAUCCACCGAAACGAAUAUUAUCCUCUUUUUCUCUCUCCA